GAGGGAAACGAACGCACGAUUGAUGAAUUGUUCGACGAACGCAUCGGACAGGCGAAUCACACGCAGCUCGCGCAGUUCGCGCUGAGCUCCGUCGCGUGGCUCCCGGCGGCGUUUCUCACGCUGACGUCGGUGUUCACGGCGCGCGAGGUUGAUUGGAAGUGCGCGACGGAGAACGGAUGCUUGGACGGGGACAGUGGAAAAUUAUUAAAUAUAUGCGCCAUGGACAGAGAGCUCUGGACGUGGGUAGACGCGAAGAGUUCAAUCGUAUCGGAGUGGGACUUGGUGUGCGCGCACGAGUACAAGGUGCAACUCGCGAAUUCUAUUUUCUUUGUCGGUUUCUUGAUGGGGGCUGGAAUUUUGGGCCAGAUCGCCGAUAGCAAAGGGCGCAUAUUCGGCCUAUACGUCUCCACCGCGUUGGCGAGCGCGGGCGCUAUGCUCGGGGCGAUGGCGGGUGGUUACUGGACGUACUUUUGGUGCACGAUGCUGCGUGGAUUCGGUUGCGGCGGGCUCGGCGUGGCGAGCUACGUCCUGUGCACUGAGGUGCUCGGAAUAAAGUGGCGAGCCGUCCUUGGGAUCUCAACGCAAUACUUUUGGUCCGGAGGGAUCGCGCUGAUGGCCCCGGUGGCGUAUACGAUGCCAAAGUGGAGGAAUUUUUCCACAUUUUGUGGACUCAGCGGAUUGGCGUACGUCGCGCUAUCGUCCAAAUUUCUGUGGGAGUCUCCUCGUUGGUAUUUGGCAACUGGGAAGGCUGACAAGGCACACGAAGUGAUGACUCACCUCGCAAGAGGGAACCCGAAAUUUACUGGUCGACUGCCGCCGCUGAAGCAAACUCGCGUGGUGAAAGGUUUGAACGUCACCGCGGUGCUCCCGUAUCCGGUGUUGCGACAGCGACUCGUCGCCAUGGCGUACAUUUUCUGCGUCACGAGUAUGGUGUAUUACGGGUUAUCACUCAACGUUGAUGCUUUGAGUGGGUCGGUAUACAUGAACACGUUCAUCAGUGGCAUCGUUGAGUUUCCUUCGCACGUUUUUGCGCAAAUAUACGUCGACAGACUCGGACGAAGAAUGACGCUGCUCGUGCUUAUGGGGACCGCCGCCGUGGGUGUUUUCUCGAGCUCGAUGUUUAGCGGUUCGUCUCAGGUUUUCGUGUCGAUGAUUGGGCGGUUCGGAAUCGCUGGAUCGUUCAACAUGAUUUACUUGUACACCACUGAGUUGUUUCCCACCAUCGUACGAUCGGCUUGCCUGGGAACGUGUUCGCUCGCCGCUCGCGUCGGCGGUAUCAUCGCGCCUGGGAUUAUUCUC